UCGCAACUGUCUUCCCCAGGGAGAGAGAUCCGAAUCUCGCUCCAAUUCUCUAUCGCUUACUCACGAUUUCGAAGAAUCUUGGUGGUUGAUCUUCGUCAUCUCUCCGUACGUUAGUCUUUCUCCUAUGUCUUUUCGAUUUUCACAGUGAAAUCGAAAUCAACAAUAAAUCUAAUUUAUACGUUUUUCACUGCCGCAUAGCUCUCCAUCUAAUUUCCUGUGAGACUCUCAUGUAAGCCAUUCACAAAUGACAUUUUUACCCCUUCCUACACACGUGUGAUGUGACGGUUCUCUGUAUAUAUUUUGAAAAGGACGACGUAAAGCAAAAACCAUUCGUCGUCAGUCGUCACCAACAGAGAGUAACAGUGGAUUUUAACUAUGCGGAAAGCAAGUAUGGGUUCCGAUUCCGAAUAUGCUUUUCGGUUACAGAUGGAGGAGGCACUCGCGGCUUCUCUAUCUUCUCAAUCUCGCACUCCUCAACGACCACCUUCUCCUCCGAUUGUGGCUCGGUGUGGUAUCGCUAUCGUUGAAAACGAUCGGAACGGUUCGACGACGGCUAAAAAAAGUAGCGGUUACGGUUUCGAUUUUAGGAGAGCCAUCGGCGGAGGAAACUCUAAAGGCAAAGGCAAAACCAACGAGUCUGUCACUGGUGUACGUACAGAUGAACCAAACCCUAACAUUGGGCUUGGUAACUCCCGGAGUACUUCCGGACACGAUAAUAUGAAACCCUUGCCGCAGGUAACUGUUCGUCCAGCGCAAUUAGUCUGUGAGGGUAGUUCGAGGGUUAACGCUGCUGCCGGAAAAUUUAAUGGAAACCUCUUGUAUAGGCUUUACUUUAAGGGUUUGGUUAGCGAUGAGAACGGGAAGGGGAAGAUGACGGACGUAGUGGCUGGGUUUGGGGUUGCUAUUUGUGACCAGAGGGAUAAUUUGUUGUUUGAGAUGAAGGGACCAUUGAUGGACUAUGGCACGAGUCGUCAGGGAGCAGAGCUUAAGGCAUUGAUCCGAGGAUUAACCGAAGCAUUGAAGUUGGGGAUUAAGCAUAUUGUUUUCUUUUGCGAUUCUUUCCCGAUUUUCCAAUACGUCACGGGAAAAUGGAUGGCCAAGCAAAAGAAGAUUUCUUUGUUGUUAGAUGAUCUACAAAGCAUCAUGCAACACUUUUCAUCUUGUCAGCAUGUUCUGGUGGCUGGAAACGAUGUUAAAUUUGCUUAUAAACUUGCAAGGGAAUCAAUACUUUCUAAGAUCACCCCUCAUGAAGAUCCUCGCCAAGCAAAAUCAGCUCGGAAAGAGGAGUGUGCUAUCUGUUUCAACGAUAUCCUUGCUGAGCGCAUGUUUUCUGUUGGAAAAUGCCGUCACCGCUUUUGCUUUCAAUGUGUGAAACAACAUGUUGAGGUGAAGCUGCUUCAUGGAAUGGUUCCGAAAUGUCCUCACGAUGGCUGCAAGUCUGAGCUGGUUAUCGAUGCCUGUGGCAAGCUUUUGACUCCAAAACUGAGUAAAAUGUGGCAACAAAGACUUAAAGAGAAUGCGAUACCUGUCACAGAGAGAGUUUACUGCCCUUACCCGAGGUGCUCGGCUUUGAUGUCCAAGACCAAGAUUUCUGAAUCUGCCAAGAGCUUACUGUCUGUUUACCCUAAAUCUGGAGUUAGGAGAUGUGUUGAAUGUCGUGGCCUCUUCUGUGUGGACUGUAAAGUUCCGUGGCAUGCAAAUCUGUCCUGCACUGAGUAUAAGAAAUUGCAUCCUAACCCUCCAGCAGAUGACGUGAAGCUAAAAUCUCUUGCGAACAAUAAGAUGUGGCGCCAAUGUGGCAAGUGCCAACACAUGAUUGAACUUUCACAAGGAUGCAAUCACAUAACUUGCAGGCUGAACUAAGCUCUUCUACCGGCUCCAAGCACGAUCUGGAGGACAAGGUCGAUAGUCUGACAUCCGAGCUGGCGAAGAUUAAGGGGGAGCUGCAGGACCAGUAUGACCAAAAUUUCAAACUCCAGGAUGAGCUUUCUGGUG